AUGGACUCCGCUCAGCAAUUCGAUCACGCUACUAUAAUUGACCUCUCUGGGUCGUCCCAGGGAGCAGCGCAUGGCACCUUCGAUAUCUUCGAGUGGUACCCCCACUACCAGAGCUGCCAGCGGUACUUCCUAGACCAUGCACAACAUAGUGUCACCGUCCAAGCACUGUGCGCGUUUUUGAACAUUCGUCUACCCUUCCAACGAAUACCGCAUCCUGUCUCCAGCUCUUCUAGCAAAGCAUCAACCCCUUCUGCAGGACUGCCGUCUUCUGUCUCAGAGUCGUCCCCGCAUCCGGCCCCCUCUGUGUCACUCAUCCCCUAUAUUCGACGUCUAGUAGCCACGGGCAUGGAUUCUCCAGGGGUCCUUCAAGGAUUCUUCGGCGAUGACUGGACCGCAGGCGUUGGAUAUCUCCACGAACAGGAACGUCGCAACUAUCUCUUCGCUGCGAAGAGCGGCGGCUGGGCUGCCGUUAAGAGAGAUUACGAUAUGCCUCCUUUGGAAACCAUUCCCUUCCUGCGGCCCCUGCAAGGGACGGUGGAUUCCGAGAUCGAGGCCGCGGAGAGAAGUUGGAGUGAGUGGCUUGCAAUGGAAGAUUGGAUGGUGGGACCCCGGGCUCCUGAUGCUCUCCGAGAUUCCUCUUCACAUAUUUCGUGUCCUCGGAGCUCAGGAGGGUGA